AUCGCUGCUACAGCUAUGCCCAUUGCAGAGCUUUUGGGAGUCCAGUUCGACAUGCAGCUGCUGUUGAAACUGGGUGUCUCUGUGGCUGCAGUGCUACUUGUGUCAUGGGCAUACAGGUUCUACAGCUCGCGGGACGCAAAGGAUGUUCAGUUCUGCACCAAAGACAACAAAGAAAAUGCAGCCUGCAAAAACUGCAAGAUGACAUUACGAUGCCAAAGCUCACCCAAAAAUGGUGAGGGUGGCGAGCACUCCUUGCACCCAGAAUCGGCAACUGAUGACCUGACAUGUGACAGCACCAAGGAGACGCCAGCAGAAGCUUGUCAGUGCCAAGCUGAAAAGAGUGAGGAAGCUCUAAGUCUGUCAUGUAGUGACCAAGAUGCCAGCAUGAAAGAAAAGAAACUCACUCAUCAGAAGCAGGCCGAGGUUGCCACCAGUAAUAUUUUAUCUGGAUCUGCUUUGAACCUUCCGCAUCCAACUAAGAGUGGGAUGGCCAGUCCAACGGGGCGCCGCUCCCCUUGCUUUUUGCAGAAGCUGGAGGGCAGUGUGGGCGUGGGCAGAGAGUUAAGGCAGGACUUGGAGCGCCAGGGGGCCUACUCCAGCUUCCUCUCCAAGGCAGAGAUCAAAGUGGAGGAUGCUAACGUGGUGCUGGAGGGAACGGGAGACCAGAUUGUGCGAGGAAAGAUAUAUGAUUACUAUGUUGAGUCUUCCUCUCAGUCUAUCACAGACUCAAAUGCAGCGCUGGGUCAGUACGAGAGGAACUCUGAGUCACAGCCAGUGGAGCGAGGAAGCAGCCUCGCAGAUUCCCCUUCCUCUCUUAGCCCCAUCAUCAUGCGUGAUCUGGUUUCACCACAAAGCUAUGCUGAGGAUCCCCCCUCGCCAGGAAGCCUCAAGCUGAGGCACCCCACAAGGCCUGCACUCCUACGCAAGGAGAGCUAUCUGUCUGCAGCAGAGCAGUCAGAGCUUUCCAUCCCCUUUCUAAAUGCAAGCGCCUCAACUCCAGUGACUCACUCUCUGUCCUCAACGGGCAAUGAGUGCAACUCUGUUCACCCUGUGAUCAGUCACUCUACAGACAGCAAAGGCCUUAAUGUGAGGGAGGGGGCAGAUCAACAGACUGUAGCAGCAUUUUUGCACCUUCCAGCGAAAACUCUCGACAGCACAGAUUUGGAAAGCUUGAAGAGUAAACUCGAUCUGGGUAACUGUUUGGAGACGCUGUGUCUGGCCAAGAAACAUGGCCAGACCUCUGUGCUGCAAGCAGCCAUGGGAGUCAUGUCAGACAACUACCUCCAGGUGCUCAGGGACCCCAACCUUUAUGGGCGGCUAAUGGCUGGCGAGCGGGAGCAAAUCCAGAAGCAGAGAAUGAGAGGGAGACGCUUUGUCAUGGUGGCAGAUAUGGACCCUCAAGACUGGGCGAGGAGCACAGGAGAGCCGGCAGCAGAGACUGAGCAGAGGAGGACGUCCAGUGCAAUGUACUAUUAUGAUGACUACAAAGACACCUGGCAUACACUCUGCCUGAUCCCACAGGAGGUCAUCUCUAAAGCCUGUGCCAUGUGCACAAUGGAUAACUACUUAUUUGUGGCAGUAGGCUGCCAAGGCCCAGACAGAGAAAUGACACCCUCAAAGCGAGUGUUUUGCUACAAUCCUUUGACGUCCAUUUGGAAGGAGAUCAGUCCCAUGAAUGAAGCCAGGCCCCGCUGCAAACUGGCAGCUCUGGAGGGCUACAUCUACGCCAUCGGUGGGGAGUGCCUCUCCUCAGUGGAGCGCUACGACCCACGAUUGGACAGAUGGACUUUUGUGGCUCCACUACCUAAUGAUACAUUCGCUGUGGCGCAUCACGUCACAGUGUGCAGCGGAGAGCUUUUUGUUUCUGGAGGAACUCUUAAAUAUAUGCUCCUGCGCUACAGCCCCAAAACCAACACCUGGAGGCCGAGUCUGUUAGUCUGCAGCAAAGACAGAACUGCAGAUAUGGUGUCUGUGGGGAGGUUUCUGUAUCGGUUCGACGCUAACCCGCUGCUGGGCAUCAGUGUGUACCGUUACCACACCGUGGCUCGACUGUGGUACGAGUGCAGCUCCAAGAGGCUUCAGCGCUGCCCCGCCUUCCAGUGUGUCACCGUGGACAACACAAUCUACUGUGUCAGCCGCCAGUUCACCAUGAGUUUUGAGGCUGAUGAGAUCUCUCCAGGUUUCAAAGAUGAGAAUUUAAGCGUCCUCUCUGCAGCGAAGGGCAUACUUUUCCCCUUUGUCCUUUCACUCCCUGAUAAGACGCCUCGGCAGACCAGUGUGUGAGGAGGAUUCAGUUUUCCAUUAAUGAUAAGAUUAGCUAGUGACUGAGUAUUCCCACCAGAGAGAAGUUUCUUAUUGACUGAGUGGGUUUUGCUUUGCCCAAGUUUAUGUUCAAUCCCAAAUGUCAUUGAAAAUCACUGUCAUUGUUUGGGGGUUUUUUUUAAGCCUUAUUAUUGUCAUCUUUCCCAAAAGCUUCUGUUUCUUGAACUAAUUCAUUUCUUGAAUUGACUCGGCCCCUGGCAGUGCUUGUAAAAUAUUAGACCCUUAAUGGCACUCGUACUACUGUUUGCUUAGAUUUACGCAGGAUGUACUGCCAUGUAAAUUGUUUGCUUCCUUGAUUUGCCACUCCUUCCUGCCAUUAAGUUAGUUUUAUAUCAUCCAGAUGCUUAACCUCUGUAGAUAAUUCAUAAAUAAAGUCUCGGAGUAAAUGAGCUCAUUCAACUCUAACACAUUACAAAGAUUGGGCAAUAUAGUGCUAAUCUAUCACCGUGCUCCGCCGUGUAGGGCACAAAUAUAACUUACACAGUG